AAGGGUUAGACUGUAGCCCUUCAGGAGCAGCGUUUGACACCUCUGACCUGAAGGUUUGAUUAGUGUGGACCCAAUACUGGAGAUCCAUAUGACACAUUCUGCAGAAAUGAACAGUGUCACAGGACUGUGAUGAAUCUCCUACAGGAGGAUGAACAGACAGACAUCAGGAGAUGUGAUCAAACAGAAACUGACAGAAAAGAGAACAGAAUAUUACCAUGUCUGGGAGAGUGGGCAGAGCAGCUGGAGGAAGCAAUCCUGCUCACAAAAGAUCACAGAGCAAAAACAGACCUCCUGAGGUGGGUAUAAGUAGUCCAGAGUUUCAUCAACCUGACAUGGGUAUAAGUAGUCCAGAGUUUCAUCAACCUGACAGUUCAGUAGAGACUAAAGAUGAAGUGAGGAUUGUGCUGCUGGGAAAAACUGGAGUUUGGAAAAGUGCAACAGGAAACACAAUCUUAGGAAGAAAUGCAUUUAAAGCAGAAGAAUCUUUUCAUUCAGUGACCAAUGAGACUCAGAGAGAAACUGCUGAAAUCAAUGGCCGUCUUAUUACUUUGAUUGACACUCCAGGACUGUUUGAUACUGAACUUACUAAUGAGGAGAUACAGAGGGAAAUCACCAGCUGUAUCUCCAUGAUCCUGCCUGGACCACACGUGUUUCUCUUACUGAUACCACUGGGACGAUUCACUCCAGAAGAAGCAAAAUCAGUGAAGAUCAUCCAAGAAACAUUUGGUGAAAACUCCUUAAUGUACACCAUGGUGCUCUUCACCAGAGGAGAUGGUCUGAAGAACAAAUCCAUUGAACAGUGUUUGGGAAAACCUGGUUCUGCUUUAAUGAAUACAAUUGAGGCAUGUGGAAACAGAUACCAUGUGUUCAAUAAUAAUCAGACUGAAGACCGAACACAGGUGUUUGAUCUACUGGAGAAGAUUGACGCCAUGGUGAAAGCAAAUGGUGGGAGUUUCUACUCAUGUAAAAUGUUCAGAAAGAUGGAAAGAGAAAAACAAGCACAACAAAUUAAGUUCCUGAUGGAGACAGUGGAGCAACUGAACAGAGAAAGAGAAGAGCUGAUGAAGAAACAUAAAGAAGAGAUUAAAAGAGAACGAGAGACAUUUACAACUGAAAUUGAGCAAAUGAAACAAGAAAAUGUAACACUUCAGAUUGAAUACCACACAGAAAUAGACAGACUGAUGAACAGUGUCGAGAAUGAUAGGAAGAAAAGAGAAGAUGAAUAUACAGAAAGAGAAGAACAAUAUAGAGCACAAAUAAAAGAGAAAAAGAUAAAGACAGAGAGAUUUGUAAGGAGAUGAAGAGAGAACGAGAGGAAUGGGAGAGACAAACUAAAUAUGAGAAGAGAAAUAGAGGAUGAGAAAAGAAAAGAACAGAUGAUUUGUGAUGAAUUUAAUGAGAGAAUGAAACAAGAAUUAGAGAGACUAAAACGAGAGAAAGAAGAUCUUCAAUUAAAAUUUGAUGCAGAAAAAGAGAGAUUGAUGAAGAUUAUAGAAGAAAAACAAAAUUAUGACAUAGGUGAAAUCUGUGAGAGAGAAGAAAAAUAUGAAAUAAAGGUCAAAGAGACAGAGGCAAAAGAGAGAAAGAUCUGUGGAGAUAUGAGGAGAGAACAAGGGGAAUGGGAGAAACAGAAAGUAGAGGAAAGACAAAGAAAAAAAGAUGAUGAAAGUAGAGAGAAAGAAAAACAUGUUUCUGAUGAACCAUAUCAGAGAGAGAAAAGUACAAUUCAUGAAAUAAUCGAAACAGAGAAACAGCCGGAGAAUUCAAAUAAGAAGCUGAAAGAAGAAGUAAACAUUAGAGAAGACUCAGCUUCUGAAGAUGAACUAAAGAGAGGACCUGUGGAGUGGAAUGAGGGAUAUGAAAGAAAGAAGACAGAGAUGUACCACAGAUCUACUAUGAUCUCCUACAAAACUGAUGAUUCACUACAGGUCACAGCUUACAGAGAACUGAUGUCACAGUACAACAAAUGGUCUUGGAGUCUUUGCAGCGCCAUGAUGGAAACUGAGAACAAACUACACAACCAAAUAGAGAACGAAGAAAUCAAUGAGGUUAAGGAAUCUGAUCUUCAAAGAGAACUGAAUGAGAUAAGUAAAGAAGUGAACAAAUCAAUGUCUCAAAUCUUUGAGAAAGACGAGUAUAAAGAUAUACUGAUUCAGUGCAAAACAUUUAAAAUAAAAAUCAAAGAGCUGCAGGAAAACAUUGUGAGAGAAACAAACAGGAAAUUAAAUGAGAUUCUUCAGCAGCGACACCUGAAGAAAAAGAUUGACGCUCAGAGGACACAUCAUGAAAACACUCUCUAUGAAAAGAGUAAAGAACUUGCUUUAAAACUCAAAGACAAAACAAAUGAUGAAGGAAAACUGAAGAAAGAGUUUGGCCUGCUUUGGGAACAGAGUGUGAAGAAGAUCAGCAAAGACACUCCUGCAAUCAAAGACACUGAUAUAAUGAAGGAUGUGAAACUCCUCCUCAGUAAUGUCUAUGAAACUCACUGGAAGGAUAGGAAGAAUAUUUUCUCUAUGCAGAGCUUUUUAGAUUAUGUAAAGACAGUCUCGGUUACACUCUGUCAAAACAGGAUGACAUCCAAAUAAGAUCAUUAGUCACAGAUGUUGUUCAGCAGACAGACAAAAUGAUUAAAUCAUUUAACAUUUCAAAGAUGGGCUACAACAUCAGCUACAUACAACAACUGACAGAUUAUAUCAAGAAGAGAGUAACAGAUCAUGAGGACGGAGUUAAAUAUAAGCUCAAGAAUGAAUUCUUCAGGGAUGUACUUGUUUUCAUCUGUAAGAGAGCAAACAAAAUAAUUAAUGACCAAAACAAACUAUUUAGGGAAGCCAGUGAUCCUGCGAUAUAUGUUAAGAAAAAGAGAAAAGAGUACUAUAGUAUUUUCCAGAAAUGCUGUAAUGGAGCAACAUCAGCUGCCAUCUGGGGUCACAUCAUCUGUCAAAAACUUAAAGAGCCCAUUGAACAGAGUGUCUACAAGAAGACUGCCAGAGAUCUGACAGAUGAAAUGAGAUCAAACUGUGAAUCACUGAAUGGAAACCGAUCAAAUCUGGAAAAACACAUCCUGAAGAAACUGGCAGAAGAGGAGGAUUUUGACAAAUACAUGAACUACAUUUAUAAUCCCAGAGAUCACUUCAAGAGCUUCAUCAGAGAUGAAGUCAGUCAGUACAUCACUGAUAAGUUCAGUGUCAGUGUUUUACCCAAGGUGGAGGAAAACAUUGAACUCCUGCAGCAGAAGAUCAUUAAAGCAGCAAAUGAAUCUACUGAACAUGUUCAAGUCAACAGAGAAGAUGCUGGUUUGUGGUUGAAGAGUUUCACACAGCAGCUCUCAGAUGAGCUGAUCUUCUCUGAAAAAGACCUCAGUGGAGUCAAUCAUGAUGAUGUUCAUGAUUUCAACCUCCUACAAGAUGUGAUAAAAAAAGAACUUGUUCAUAUAAUGCAUGACAUCAGGAGUGAAUUUAACACAGAGACAUUUCUUUUGAAGCUGGACUAUAAGUUCAGACCAGAUGAGCUUCUGAUUGAUCACUUCUGUCAGUGCUGUUGGGUUCAGUGUGUGUUCUGUGGAGCCACCUGCACCAACGCUAUAGAAAACCAUGUUGGAGAUCACAGUGUUGACUUCCACAGAGUGAGAGGAAUUAUUGGAGCUAAUUAUUAUUUAACACAGAAUCUCUGUGCUGAUAUUUGCACAAAUGUAGUGGCAAGUGAUCUGCAUUUUUAUAUACAAGAUGAAUGGUUUAAAUAUAGAGAAUACAGAAGAGCAGGAGGAGUUUAUGCUCAGUGGAGCAUCACCCCUGAUGUCUCUGAACUGCCACACUGGAAGUGGUUUGUGUGUAGAUUCCAGAAGAAUCUGGAAAAAUACUACAACAAAACAUUUGAGGACAGUGGUAAGAUUCCAGAUGAAUGGAGAAAAUACUCAAAACAGGAAGCUAUUAUGAGUUUAAAUGAAUUUUUCUAGAGAAACAGACAGAGACUCUCACACCCUCUCUUAACUAGCACAUAAUUAAAGGCAUGUUAUGUUAAAUAGAUUUUUUUUUUUUUGCCCAACCAGCUGCUAUAGUGGUAUGCGGCCAGUGAUUCUAUUUUAGAAUUGGUUUCUAUUUCUGUAAUGUCAUGGCUGGAACAACAGCAUACAAACUAUGACAAGGAUAAUCUCAACUACAGAUUAUGUGCUGUAUUUAAUGUUAAAAGGGUCUCGUGUUAGUUGAACUUUUUUAAUUGGAUGAUCUGGGUAAAUUUUGUCUUCUGGGAAACAUCGAAGUAUUUUAUGAAGCUUCAGAAAGGGCAGUACUAAAUGGGGGGGUUGAUCUAAAAUAUUUUUGCAGAACACACAUUUUUAUAAACUCAUUUAUUACUCACUUAAUGGAGUAUAUGUAAACAUAUGUUAUGUGAGAUUGCUUAUUGAGGGCAGUACUAAGUAAAUAAAAAUAACAUGCAAUUUAUUAUUAUUAAUAUUUUUUAUAUCAUUUUGCCUGUAAUAGGGCCCCUAUUAUGGAUUUUUGAAAACUGCCUUGAAUGUAAAUAGUCUGCAAAGUUGUAAA